AUGGCCCGCCUUCCCCUGCUGCUGCUGCUGCUGCUCGGGGGCCUGGGGUCUCGUGGGUUUCCAGCCACUUCAGAAACACAAGAUCAAGACAUGGAGAUGGUCCAGAAAUACCUACAAAACUAUUACAGUUUAGAGGUUGGAACCAGCCGAUUCGAAAGGCAGAGAAACCACGGUUCAAUGAUUGAAAAAUUAAAGCAAAUGCAGGAAUUCUUUGGGCUAAAAGUGACUGGAAAGAUAGAUGCUGACACCCUGGAUAUUGUGAGGAAGCCCAGAUGUGGAGUGCCUGAUGUUUCAUCCCAGGAUGAACUCACUCCAGGGAACCCUCGUUGGCAGAGCACACACCUGACCUACAGGGUUGAAAAUUACACCCCAGACCUGUCGAGAGCAGACAUGGAGCAGGCUGUUGAGAAGGCCUUUCAGCUCUGGAGCAGUGCCUCACCCCUGACCUUCACCAAGGUCUCUGAGGGGCAAGCGGACAUAAUGAUAUCCUUUGUCAGGGGAGAUCAUGGGGACAAUUCCCCAUUUGAUGGACCUGAUGGAAUUCUUGCUCAUGCCUUUCAGCCAGGCCCGGGUAUUGGAGGAGAUGUUCAUUUUGAUGCAGAAGAAACAUGGACCAAAACCCCUGAAAAUUACAACUUGUUUCCUGUUGCUGCCCAUGAAUUUGGCCAUUCCUUGGGGCUGGCUCACUCCUCCGAUCCUGGGGCCCUGAUGUAUCCCAACUACGCUUUCAGUGACCCCAGCACCUACAGACUGCAUCAAGAUGACAUCAAUGGCAUCCAGGCCAUUUAUGGAACCUCAAGCAACCCUGUCCAACCUACUGGACCAACCACCCCCACCGCCUGCGACCCCAAACUGACGUUUGACGCUGUGACCACACUCCGUGGAGAAAAACUCUUCUUCAAAGACAAGUACGUCUGGAGGAAGCACCCUCGGCUACGAAUGAUCGAAUUCAAUUUAAUUUCUCUCUACUGGCCUUCCCUGCCAAACGGCAUACAGGCUGCUUAUGAGGAUUUUGACAGGGACCUGAUUUUCGUAUUCAAAGGCACGCAGUACUGGGCUCUGAGUGGCUAUGACACUCAGCAAGGUUAUCCCAAGCAUAUAUCAAACUAUGGCUUCCCGAGCAGUGUCCAAGCAAUUGAUGCAGCUGUUUCCUACAGGAGAAAAACGUACUUCUUUGUAAAUUACCAAUUCUGGAGAUAUGAUGACCAAAGUCAAUCUAUGGAACCAGGCUAUCCCCAAAGCAUAGAAAACUUUUUUCCAGGAAUAAAAAGUAGAGUUGAUGCAGUUUUCCAGGAGAAUGCCUUCUUCUUUUUCUUCAGUGGACCAAGAUAUCAUGCAUUUGAUUUUCAUGCUCGUAGAAUUACUAGAGUCGACGAAAGCAAUAGAUGGCUUAACUGUAGAUACAGUUGA